CUAAUAAUCACACAAAUUUUACUCAACAUGUAACAGUUGGUGUGACUGCGAUGUGUACGAUCGUGUGAGACUGUGAGACACGGAAGGGCUAUGAACGCGAACGCUGGAACCGGAGUUUUUGUGCUUUCCUUGCUGUCGAUACCUAUCUCAUAUUUAUUUAACCUCUUAAUUCACACUAACAGCAUUGGAGCAGUUAUUGUUUCGGGGACAUUAAUGGUACUCUUUAUAAUGAUAUUUGCGCGCGUUUCGCUGAAGAAAAAUCCACCGAAGGAUCCCCUCUUUUACGUUUUUGCCGUAUACGCCUUCUUCAGCGUUGUGAACCUUAUUAUAGGACUUGAGCAGGACAGCAUUAUAGAUGGAUUCGUGACCUUCUACCUAAAACAGGCAGAUCCGUACAUCAACACGGCUCACGGGCACGUGCUGUCAUACUGGGAUGGCUGUGUGCACUAUCUGAUGUAUCUGCUGGUCGUGGCAGCAAUCAGCUGGGGGGAGAGUUACAGAAACAUCGGCCUGUACUGGGUGGGAUCCAUCCUUAUGCAUGUGAUCGUCUACGUUCCUGGAAGUGUUGUAGGAAAAUAUGGGGCACAGCUGAGCUGCAUGUUCACCAUUCACCUGCUGUACAUCGCGGUGUCUGUGUGGGCCUGCUUUCGCGUGUUCGGCCAGCCAGCCGCACAGGAGGUGUCGCCUGGGAGUAUCCAGGAAGCUCACAGGAAGAGCCUGUUUCAGAGACCCCUGGAUUUACUGUUCGCUCUCUACCUCAUCCCGGCUUUCGCAUUCUGUGUCUUCAGAGGUUUGGUCGCCCUGGACUGUCCUGGCCAAUGGUGUCGGGAGUACUUGCAGCAUCAUGAGCCUUACCUAAAAGAUCCUUCUGCCUACCCCAGAAUCCAGAUGCUGGUAAACAUGCUGUACUCCGUCCCAUAUUACACCAUGACACUGUAUGGGCUGCUGGUCCCUGGCUGCCAGUGGAUGCCUGACCUGACUCUGGUGCACUCCGGAGCAGUGGCACAGGCCCAGUUCUCUCACAUGGCCGCCUCCCUCCACACAAGGACCCCGUUCACGUACAGAGUUCCCGAUGACAGCAGAACGCUCUUCCUCACGGUCAACGCCUUGUACGGUCUCGUGCCCCAGGUCUUCAGCUACCGCUGCGUUAACAGCCCCUCUUUUUUCCUGAAAGCCCAGCGGAACAAAAAAGAUUGAGUCAGGCAGCGUAGGUGGACGCCUCACACCCGCAGCUAAGGCCUCGGAUUGGCUGCUGAAUCGGGUCCUUCCCUGUACUCCUGUGAACAUUCCUGUGCAUUUGAAGGCGGCUUGCUGUCUGACUUUGUGUUCUUUUGUAAAUGCGUUUUUAUAUUUUAUAUUCUCGCUGUUAUGCUGACGUUUUGAUUAGAAUGUAAGCGAUUAAUAUUAUUAAAAAUGUUUGUGUUGGUUUGAAA